ACUCACUGUUCUACUUCUCUACUCACUGUUCUACUUCUCUACUCACUGUUCUACUUCUCUACUCACUGUUCUACUUCUCUACUCACUGUUCUACUUCUCUACCUUUCAGUCCAAUGAGAAUAGGAAUGUCCUGGGGGAAUCUGCAGACUAUGUGCCAAAAGUAGUGCCUGCUGAACCAGAGGUUGCUGGGAGCAUGGAUGAAACCCCUGUAUUGGAAGCAGUGGUAGAAACCCCUGUAAUGGCAGCAGUGGUGGAGGCUACAGCCCCAGAAGCUCCAGUAGUGGAAGAGUCCAUUGUCAUGGAAGAGGUAGAACCUGUUGCAGCUGCAGUCGUGGAGUUUAUCCCAGCAGUAGAAGAAUCUAUCCCAGUGACAGUCGUGGAACCAACUAUGGCUGCAGUGGAAGAAUCCAUUGAGUUGGCAGAGGAGGAACCCAUUAUUGUUGAAGUGGAAGCUCCCAAGCCAAAGGAGGCAACAUCAGUGGAAGAUAUCAUCACUAAGAUAGAGGCUCUUGUCACCAUAGAAAAUGACACAGAAGCACCCCUCUUGGUGCCAGAGGUAGCACAGUCCACCCCAGAGGAAGCGUUCAGAGCAACACCAGAGGAGGCUGUUGAGGAAGGACCUGCAACAAUGAAGCCCAUAGCAACAGAUACACCUGUUACAGAGUUGGUCACAGAACCCAUUGUAACAGAAGCACCAGUUGCCGAGGAAGCGCCAGUGCCUAUAGCAACAGAACCAGAACCUGUUAUCAUAGAAGCAGUGGUGGAAGCUGAAGCACCCAUUGCCGCAGCAGUACUAGAAGCCAUAGCAACAGAACCCAUGGUUACAGAACAAGCACCUGUUACCAUUGAAGUGGCAGUGGCAGCAGAAGCACCCAUUACUGAGGUAGUAGCAGAAGCCAUAGCAGCAUCUGAAAAAGCCCCAGUCAUUGUAGAAGAGAAUGAACCUGACCCAGCACCACUCAUAGACCUAGCCCCAGCCAGAGACCUAGCCUCAGCCAUAGACCUAGCCCCAGCCAGAGACCUAGCCUCAGCCAUAGACCUAGCUCCAGCCAGAGACCUAGCCUCAGCCAGAGACCUAGCCCCAGCCAGAGACCUAGCCUCAGCCAUAGACCUAGCCCCAGCCAGAGACCUAGCUCCAGCACCAUUCAUAGACCUAGCCCCAGCCAUAGACCUAUCCCCAGCACCACUCAUAGACCUAGCCCCAGCCAUAUACCUAGACCCAGCCAGAGACCUAGCCUCAGCCAUAGACCUAGCCCCAGCCAGAGACCUAGCUCCAGCACCAUUCAUAGACCUAGCCCCAGCCAUAGACCUAUCCCCAGCACCACUCAUAGACCUAGCCCCAGCCAUAGACCUAGCCCCAGCCAUAGACCUAGCCCCAGCACCACUCAUAGACCUAGCCCCAGCCAUAGACCUAGCCCCAGCUCCACUCAUAGACCUAGCCCCAGCACCACUCAUAGACCUAGCCCCAGCCAUAGACCUAGCCCCAGCUCCACUCAUAGAACUAGCCCCAGUCAUAGAUCCAGCUACAACCCCAACUGUAGAGGACAAGGCUGCAGCAGCCCCAGCAGUGGAGCCCCUACCAGCACUCACCCAGGUGGUUCCACCAGGCGCAGAGCUAGCCGCUGCAGCCCCUCUAGCUGCCCUCUUAGAGGGUAAAGGUGUGGAGGAGGCAGCCCCUCUAGCUGCCCUCUUAGAGGGUAAAGGUGUGGAGGAGGCAGCCCCUCUAGCUGCCCUCUUAGAGGGUAAAGGUGUGAGGGAGGCAGCCCCUCUCGCUGCCCUCUUAGAGGGUAAAGGUGUGGAGGAGGCAGCCCCUCUAGCUGCACUCUUAGAGGGUAAAGGUGUGAGGGAGGCAGCCCCUCUCGCUGCCCUCUUAGAGGGUAAAGGUGUGGAGGAGGCAGCCCCUCUAGCUGCCCUCUUAGAGGGUAAAGGUAUGGAGGAGGCAGCCCCUCUAGCUGCCCUCUUAGAGGGUAAAGGUAUGGAGGAGGCAGCCCAUCUAGCUGCCCUCUUAGAGGGUAAAGGUAUGGAGGAGGCAGCCCCUCUAGCUGCCCUCUUAGAGGGUAAAGGUGUGGAGGAGGCAGCCCCUCUAGCUGCCCUCUUAGACGGUAAAGGUGUGGAGGAGGCAGCCCCUGUAGCUGCCCUCUUAGAGGGUAAAGGUGUGGAGGAGGCAGCCCCUCUAGCUGCCCUCUUAGACGGUAAAGGUGUGGAGGAGGCAGCCCCUGUAGCUGCCCUCUUAGAGGGUAAAGGUGUGGAGGAGGCAGCCCCUGUAGCUGCCCUCUUAGAGGGUAAAGGUAUGGAGGAGGCAGCCCCUGUAGCUGCCCUCUUAGAGGGUAAAGGUGUGGAGGAGGCAGCCCCUGUAGGAGUAGCAACAGCAUCCAUGGACCUGCUGGACCUGAAUGAUGAGGGCCUUGACGAUCUGGACAUGUUUGAUCUGGACGAUGACAUCGACACCACAGACGUCAAUCUGGACGAUGACUUCUCAGACGACUGA